GAAAUAUGCCGGCUAGUGAGCAUUUAGCUAGGUUGUUAAUUGUUUGUGCAGUGUUGCGGUUUGGAAAUGCUGCCGCAGAGCCUAAUAUCGAAGACACAAAACCUAAUGUUGUCAUUUUUCUAGCAGACGAUCUUGGCUAUGGGGAUUUAGGAUGUUACGGUAAUGAUGAAGUGCCGACGCCAAACAUUGAUGCCUUGGCGACUGAUGGGUUGAAAUUCUCCAGGAUGUACUCUCAGCCCGUUUGCACACCAGCCAGGGCUGCUUUACUUACAGGCAGUCACCCUGUGAGACAUGGGUUGAUGGAAGACACGGAUGCUUAUGGUAUCAAGUCACCUGUGUUUGUAAGCAAUGCUCAGCCAGGUGGGUUAGCCUGCGGCAAGGAUACUUUCCUACCUCAGAUAUUAAAGACCUCAGGGUACCGAAAUGCCAUGAUAGGAAAGUGGCACCUGGGCAUGGGGAAAGACGGGGAACAUCUGCCCAUGAACUGUGGGUUUGAUGUAUUCUAUGGUAUUCCAGGGUCUCAUUGUGCAGGAUGUACCAGUGACGAGAAAUACAGACUGACUGACCAUGACUUGUUUGUGAGGUCUGUUUCUAGUCACAUUCCAGCCAUUAGUGCUGGUGUGGCUUUUCUUCUCACAGGUGUAUACAUGAACAUGAUAGGGAAGCGUGCCAUCGUGCUUAUCCUUGCUUGUUUCUGUAUUGGCCUGUUUCUACAUCGUGCAUUCUUCUUUUUGCUACAUGACAACCCUCUGUCUUGCAUUCUGAUGAGAAACAAGGAGAUCAUCGAGCAACCGUACAAAGAUGAAAAUAUGACACUGAGGAUGACGAAUGAGGCCAUAGAGUUUAUAUCAGAUACAGUACAGGACAAGUCUCCCUUUUUUCUAUUGAUGUCUUACUUACAGCCCCAUCACCCCAGUAUAAGAUCUCAAAACUUUAUGGGCAAAUCCAAGCAAGGAAUAUACUAUGACUCUGUCAUGGAGAUAGACUGGAGUGUGGGUGUGAUUGUCAAACGGCUUCAAGAGUUAAGUAUCAAAAAUAACACCCUGAUAAUUUUUUCUUCUGAUAAUGGCCCUGAGAUCUCAAACCCUGCCACAAACAUACCAAACCCACCUGAGAUGCGGGGUUCUACUCUGUACAAAUCCGUCCACAAUCAGGUAGGUAUAGAGUUAUCUGGUACAAAGGGUUCUCUUAAGGAAGGAGGCAUCCGUGUGCCUGCGAUCAUCUCAUGGCCAGGCCACAUUCCUCCAGGCUCUCAGUCAAAUGCUGUUGCAUCACUAAUGGAUGUCUUUCCAACAGUACAGGAAAUUCUGAAAAUCGGAAAUGUUAACCGAUUUAUAGAUGGUAAAAGUUUAACUGCGAUAUUCAAGGACCCAGGCUUAAUUAUCCACCAUGAGUUGUUACUGCAUUUCUGUGAAAUGAGUGCUGUGGCAGCAGUGUCAUAUGGAAACUAUAAACUGUAUUACACCACUGGUGAAAAUAAUCAUGGCUGCUCGGGAGUCAUGCUUCAGCCUCCACUUCUCUAUAACAUUGCUGAAGAUCCAGGGGAGACAACUCCUCUGUCAGUGAGGGAAUAUGAGCCACUGCUCAGUAAGAUCCACAUGGGUGUAAUUAGGCAGCAGUCUAAUAUAUUACCAGAAAUAGUGGCCCAGUCUUCACAUUUUUCCAGAUUACCCCGUCCAUGGCUUUUUCCAUGUGCAAAUUUUCCUUACUGUCAAAUUUCUAUAUCUGAGGAGCAAGAUUACAAAUACCUUUUCAGUAAUACUUAAUAUGAAACUUGCACAUUCUUUUGUUAUAGCUUUUUAAAGAAAAAUUUGAAUCAAAAUAUCUUUUUACAAGGUUUUAUAUUGUUGGACUGCUAUUCUCAUAAAAAACAUUCCCAUUUCUAAGCAUAUUUACACAGGAGUUCUUUUCGGUAAUAUUUUUACAAGAAAGUUUAUGGGUGUUACUGGAUAUUUUUCUCACAUUUGUACAUAAUAUUUUAUAGAUGUGAAUCAACAAGGUGCUAAAUUAAAGAUACAUAUGCAUGUGAUCUAUGAACAAA